AUGGCGGUAUGUAGUGGAUCCGAAUGUCCCCCCUUACUUACUAUAGUGCCUGUCUUCCUUUCUGUUCCCUCCCUUGCAGGGUUCGCUGGUUUUGCUACAUGCACUGCUGACCUGAAUAAUUUUAAUGGAGCGCAAAAUCGGUACGGGAACCAACUGGCGUUCUUUGCAAGGCUUGAGGUUGAGCUCGUGGACGAGCGGAUGCUGGCUUUCUCAACAAAUGAAGACUGGGAGGUAGGACGGGGCUGUAUUCGGCAGUCGGACCCAAAGGCAGGCGAGGUGAUCGAUCUCAGGCUUCCCCGAGACUCGUGGGAGGAGGGUCUGCAAGGAGUUGAGCCGGUUUCUAUCAUUGCUGGGCAGCCAUGCGGCAGCCUGAUCGCCGAGGAAACAGACCGGCUGACAGCAGUUGGAAGACUGCAGGCCCAGCGUGUGUGGAAAUCUCCGGCCAAACAUCAGCUUAUCGACUUUGGUCAGAACUUUUGCGGCGUUGUUCGAGUCCGAGUGCAGGGAGCCCCUGACGCCAAAGUGACGAUCACAUACACCGAGUUGUUGGACAAGGAAGGCGAGAUCAACCUGGGGUACCUCAAGCCAAUCGGCAAGGGUCAGCCCCAGCGCGAUGAGAUUGUGCUCUCCGGCGAGACUGAGUGGGUCGAACCCAUGUUCACCAUUCGUGGCUUUCGAUACGUUGAGAUUCGCGGACUCCCCUCGUCUCAUGCCAGAGACUCCCGGGUGGGGCCAUAUCCGCAUUGCUCCUCAGAUCGGAGGUAG